AUGUUUAACGUGGUGCACCAAGGUCGGAAAGUCGUGCCCCGUGCGUCGCUGUCGGACGACACCCUGAUGGGUGUGAAGGCGGUCAACAUCACCAGCCGUGAGACCGUCACAAAGACUCCGGAGCUGACGUGGCCAGUACCGGACAAGAGGAUGCGCGGGGCAGCGAGGGUCCUGCGCAGGCACCUGUCUCCUCAGCCAAAGAGUCUGGAGGCGGUGUGGCAGCAGAGGGGUCACCCAGCUCCUGACUUGUCAGACCCACAGAGAGAGGCCCCCGAGAGCCACGACGGGGAGCUCUCGGGAGGACCACCGAGAAACAGGAAAAGGGGCGUCAGACCAGACGUGAGGACCAUCUUCAGCGGCGAGAGAGACCCCCGUGUCAUAGAGGAGUCUGGAGAAGGGCACGUGUUUGGGCCCCUGUUUUCGGGCGAGGGGUGCUGGUGUGACGUGUGCUGCCAGUACAUCCUCCAACAAGGACUCACCUGCGCAGGUUGUAAAUAUGUGUGUCAUGCUGCCUGUCGAGACCGAGUGUCUUUGGACUGUCAUCCUGUGGCGUCCCCCCACACCCCAGACCACGUCAACAACAACACACCGCUGCAUUGCAGCGUGGACCUCAGGGAGCGCUCCAGCUUCAGUUACUGUUGA